AGGAUGGCGGGCCGCAGCAUGGGCACGCGCCUGCGAAAGCUGAUGGCCUCCGAGUGCGUGGCGCUGCCAGGCGCCUACAACGGCCUGGUGGGGCGCAUGGUGGCCCAGCAAGGCUUCAAAGGCAGCUACUUGAGCGGCGGGGCUCUGUCGGCCAGCUCUGGGGUUCCAGACGUAGGCUUGCUUUCGCUGGACCAGUUCACCUCAAGGAUCAAGGAGGUGGUGUCCAUGUCGAAUCUGCCGCUCAUCGCCGAUGCGGACACGGGGUUCGGAGAGGCAGAGAUGGUGCGGAAGACUGUGGAGGAGUAUUGCUGGGCUGGAGCUGCCGGCCUGCACAUGGAAGACCAGGUCUUCCCGAAGCGUUGCGGCCACCUGGACGGCAAGGCAGUGGUGCCCAUCGACGUGUUUGUUGAGAAGUUGGAGCGGGCAGCUGAAGCGUCGCGCCGUUGCUCCGACGGGGAAUUCAUUGUCUGUGCCCGCACAGAUGCGGCUGGAGUGCCGGGUGAAGGAUUUGAUAGGGCCGUGGAGCGGGCGACCGCUUACGUCGGGGCCGGCGCCGACAUGAUAUUUCCGGAGUCCCUGCGAUCUGAGGAGGAGUUCCGUAAGUUCGCGGAGGAGAUGAGGAAGUUGCCUGGCCCUGCUCCCAACGGUGGCCCCUUCAUGUUGGCCAACAUGACGGAGUUUGGGAAAACUCCCUACCUCACCCUCCAGCAGUUUCAGGCUUUGGGCUACCAUUGCGUGAUCUAUCCGGUGAGCACCCUGAGAGCUGCAAUGAAAGGCAUUGAGGAGUGCCUGCAGACUCUCAAGGAGCAGGGCACACUCGAGCCCUUCCUGGAUAGAAUGCAAUCUCGGAAGGAGCUCUACGAGCUCAUGGACUACGCGCCUUUGAAGGAGUGGAAGUACCCGUCCUCCACAGGCAAACCCUGAUGGCGCACUGGUCACGGCUGCAGAGCUUGGUCUGCCGUAGGCACAUGCAAGUAGGCCCAGAUGUUUACGCGAGCUGCGGGCUGCUAGGGCAGGCGGCAGCAUUUGGUUCCACGCAUCUCUAGC